AUGGCUCAAAAUUCGGCAGUAAAACGUCUUCCAACAGAUCAAUCCAGUCUGCAAUAUCUCAUCAAUCACGUAUUUCUUCCCCUUAAGUUGCCGCAAAGGAGUGACCAUUCCCUUGAGAAUGAACUGGCCUUAUCUCAGGCAGUAUUUGAUGCUGCUCUCGCCUUCAGUGACCAGCUGCCGUCUGAUGAGUCGCUGCUUUGGACGAGCAUCUUGAAAAUGCUUCGCAAUCUCAAAGAUUCAAUCAGAUUUAGUGUGAUGUCUGCAAAGGAAGUAGAAUCUCAAAUCAAUGCUAUGGACAACAAAGAUGUUCUUGUAUACAUGAUUCGGGCACAAAACGCUGCGGUGGUCAUGAGAAAACUCGAAGCCGAGACCAUAUUCGAAUCAUUCGAGGUCUCUCCUGACCCCACCGCAGUGAUGGGCGCAAAGGGAAAGCUGAUUUGUUCAUAUCCUGGACCUGCUGUCGCAGUCCCGGAUACGAUUACCAAUGAUGCUACCUUUUCUGCUGAGCUGGCGAAUUUUCUCGUCCACAUGGAUCAAGAUGUCCUUGACGCGGCGCCAACGAGGAAAAAAGCCAAAUCCACUGUUGUCGAAGAGAGGGACACAACGCAUCCUCGUUAUAUCACGGAACUCCUGACCGGUAUUCUGCGUGGCCUCGGGAGCAUUGCUGAUGUUCCUCGCAUCCGCAAGCGCAUCGGAGAUGAUGUGCUGUGGGACAGCGCGAAAUUGCCGUGGAGGCGGUCUUCAAUUUGGCUCGUUAUUCGUGUUGCCUUGCAGACGACUCUGGAGCGCAGUGCUCUCGGACGAGUGACUUACAAAUCAUUCAUGCUGUUCUCCAUGGCAAAGUUUACAACCCUUGCCCUCGACUCUGAUGUGUCGAAUGAUAUCCUGCAUUUCAUGUCGGCAAAGAUCGCACGUCGUCUUUUCAAGCUUGGACCCUCUGCACCUCCGGAGUUGUUCCAGAUGGUUGGUAUGGUCACCAGUGAUGUACGGAGUAUCCUAGAAGAGAGAUGGGAAUCUGUUCAAGACGCGCAGCGGGCCUCACCUCCUUGGACUCCCGAGACCCUCCGGGUCUUGCGAGACACUCAUCUUUCCUUGAACACAAGCCGAGAGUACAUACGCCAAGCUUUGCAGGACCAGCAUUCGUCCCCUGAACCACCCCCCUUCAAGCCCAGCCAUCACGUGCGCGGGUCAAUCAACGAUUUCCUUGACGCUGAAGCGAGCUUCCUAAUAGCCGCUCAUGCUGCAGAACCGUCUCUUGCCCUCGCAGACUUCGAGACUGCCAUUAGAUCAGGGAUCGAUGACUGGGUAGCGCGGGUUUCUCCUCAGAGCAUUGAUUCGGCAUGCAUUUCGAUUGAGGCGUGCACCUCUGCAUAUUCCUCGAGAGCGCUGGGCGCUUACAGUGGAAACCCAGAGAAUUUGUCAAUCAUGCUCACCACACUUUUUGAGCUCUGGGUAGCCAUCGAUAAGAUCGUUGUUGGACAAAUACCACUCCUGGCGGAAUAUCCCCCCGAAAUUCCAUUGGCCCUUUGGGAGUGUCUAUUAAUCUGCAAACCUUCAGCUCUUGAUCGCCUAAAGGAUCUUAACGCCUACCUUCAAGCUCGCCAUUGUGUCUCUAGUUGUCCGUCGGUGUUCUCGGCUACCAUCGACGAGCAGUCAUUCGCAGUGCGGUAUUUUUGCCAGUCAUCCGAGCUGCAGAGUUUGAAGCUCGCCAUCGAAGCAGAUGCUCAGGAGGAGCGGAAGAAGAAGUUGACUGAACUUGACGUCCUCAAUGGGAGGUACGCCGAACUAGAGACGCGCGCAGAAAGUUUAUCUCACACAUAUACCGUCAACACCCGCGGCAAGGAAACCCACAAGCUAAAACGCUGUGAAAAGUGUCUCCUAGAAAAGGAGAUGAAGUCGAUGACUAUCGCAGUUCACGAGUGGCCGUUACCAGCCCGCGAAAAGGAGGCGAUUUUGGUGGUGUUUGAGCUAGGAUGCCCUGUCGCGUUCGACAUGUGGAGAUCUACGACAUUCCAUGUCCUCAUUGAUGUUUGCACUCCCAAAGACGAAAUUUUACCCACUCACGCAUUCAUGACACUGCCGGACUAUCGUGCGUUGCAGCGUUAUCGCGAUUGCCAUCCGAGGCAGAGGCUGACAUUGGCGUCGGACGCCAAACCUUUCAUCAAAUCCCAUUACAGCAACACUCACAUUCCCACAAAGGGUUCUGACACCGUCUGUGUAAACAACGGGCUUGUAUUUCGGCCUUUCGAUACAACCACAGGUGCAUGGACCACCGACGUACUAUUGCGCUGCGAUUCUAGAAAGUUAUGUACUUUCCUCCUUCCCAAGGGACCAUACGGUGCUUUGCAGCCGUACAUUGCGGGAACGUCCCAUACAUCGAACGAGAUCAUAGCCCACCAGGCAGAUUGCCACAAUGACAUGACCAUUCACGAAUUCAUCGCAUUCGGAGCCUUGCGGAGUGGACCACGAUUACAAUGGAUGAACGUGCUACGUGAACUUCAUGCGAGGACGCUUGAUUUUCGACGUGAAGAAGUCCAUAUACUGUUAGCGCAAGCUGUUUCACAGGUUGGCCCAAUUUCGUCCGUCGUCGACCUUAUUUGGCACGAUGAGCUCAACAGCGCACUAUUCAUUCGUACACUACUUGGAGAGCUGGAGGAUUUGAUGGCGAGCGUCGAAGAAAAUUGGUUGGAAGUUAUCACGAUCAGCACUAUUGUCAUGCUUGUGCGCCGCGCCUUGUCCUCGACACUGAAAGAGAGUCUCAAAAGGCGCGGAUAUUCACUCCUUCGGAGGAUACGGGCUGCAACAUUUGAGUUGUUGAUGCAGCUUUCACAGAAAAUGCAAGCCAGCCACGGCGAGAUGGUCAGCCGGGAUUUGCAAGGGCGCGUUCGUGAUAUGGCGGUCACCUGUCGAAGCACUUUUGAUGUUGACGGAGACGUUUCACUGCUUCUGGCGUCGGACGAUGACAUCAAAGUGUUUGUGUAUUGUGCGGUCAUGAUUUAUGACAACACUCCAAGCCAACUGGACAAUCUUUCACAACAUUCAAAGCUACUGCUAGAACGGGACAAGAGAUGUUGUCACGCAUUAGAAACUGCGGUUCGUCAAUAUGCAGAGUUCCACAGGGAGGGCCUCGAUUGUGCGAUGGCAGAGAUCUGGGGCAGCUACAGACGAGGAACUGCUUGGAGAGCACUACCGGCUCCAAAUUCUCGCUGGCUUGUGUCGCAAACUGCGCCUUCGUGGUCUCAAUCACCGCAAGCCGUGCACUUCAACUUGAUAAGCGGAUGCUUGCUUGUUGACGGAAAGCAGUUGGGUAGGCUCCCAUCAAUGAUAGUGCAACAUCCUACCUACCAAUCAAUUUUUGGUGAUCAAGUUCUGGACAUCAUUCCAGCUGGUAUUCCUGGAAUGGAGUAUGCAACACGCGGAAAUCUCUGUGACCAUCAGGUGUUUUUCGCCCUCCGUGACUCUAACGAUCUCAUCGUCCGCGCAAAACAUGUCAAACAAGGCUCACCUAUCCUUCAGCUCAUUCCGAGCCAAAUAUUUGAGCAUGACUUACCGACGCCCUUGAUAGCAGGCCGUACUCAUUGGCUCAACCUGGGCACGAGCGAAAUAGAGAUUCGGCCAGCGGAAAAUGCAUGGAAGUCUUCGACUGAAAACUGGGUCUUGCGAUUUGCUCCGCGGGACUCCUCGACGCUCCGGAAUGCUAGCGGUGCCACUCUUAUUGAUAUACGCAGCCUAACGUGGGACAUGAUCUCCAAGAAGAUGCGUCCUCUGGAGGAUACUCACUGUAUCAUGGUCACCUGUGAUGAAGCAUCAGGCGGUACUUUCUCCUCGCUGAAGGUUGACUUACCUCGAUAUGGUCUUGAAUUUUUCGUCAACGAGGAUGGGGAAAUGCAGUCCCGUAACAUGCGCAACAUGGUCGUCGAUACUACUCAGUCGACUGGAACGAUGAUGGGAUUGAAAAACCAGCUCGUCUUGCGUCCGAAGUCGCAAAUUGUAGACGAGCACCCGUGCAUUGUCAUCAUCCCAGACGGUCGUAUUUCAUACUCCACCAAUGGUCAUCAUGUCCAUGUUACCAUCACUCCUGAAGGUCCCCGAGCGACAUUUCACUUGUACAGGGUUGACACAGAUCUACGCUGUCUCACUGGGAGCGUAGGUUUAACGACUAAGCUCUAUCAGGCGCUCCUCCACGCUAUUACCAGUGACUGUCUCCCUGAUCCCCUGACGGGUCGAACUGGGACAGAGGAGGCGCUGCAUCUCUUGCAUUCUGCAGCUUGUCUGUCCUUUACAAAGCUUCGCCCUCGUGAUACAGAUCUCUUGCGUGAGAUUAGUUCACUGUCAACCAAACGCGUCUGGUAUCCCGCUCAUAUUCAGAAAAUGCAGACAGUUUCGUGGUCGUGCCUUUCGUCCCUUGCACAGCACCAUGGUUUUCAUCCAGUCGCGAAAUCCAUCAUGGACUAUGGCAUCCAACUUUCUACUUUCGCAGAGGGGUCGUCAAACCUUCAUCCUACCUUUGAUCUUCCGCCGUUCACCAACCACCUUCUCGAGCGCGUGUCCAUUCGUGCCUCGGCUGUCUAUUCUGACCAGUUCUCUCUCCCGCUUCCGCUCGGCGACACAGAUGUUAUCUAUGCUUCGCACGAUGUUCCCGGCGAAUUUUCGGAAGAGAGGGCAUGCCAAACCGCCUUCAUGGUGCACCAAUGGCCAAGAAGACUUCCAGUGCAACGGAAUCUCCUUAGCUUGUUGACCCAGUGGGCGGAUGUCCAUGGUAUAGACGAACCGCUCAGCUUGCGAUACUCCAAAAAAUGGAUUCAACCGAAUUUUCCUGACAUCUUCCUUUCUGCAUACGACCGCUGCCGUAGUGCUACGACGAAGGACAAAUUUCAGCUGAUGUUCACCCUAGCUUCAGUAUCGUACAGCUUGUUGGACGUGCAUGCGCUCGUCCCGACGCUUCUAGCAUUCGCCACAAUUCCCGAAAUUCGCUGCCUGGCAGGCCCACCGAAGUUCAGCUCCUAUGACAUCUCUGAUGGCUUUAUGCCUUCUAAUGCGAAAUUGAAUAAACUCAUCGGUUCUUGUAUCAAAGGUUAUAAAAUCAGCGAGGAGAGCAACUUAGCUGCAAGGCCCGGGGAAAAAGAAAAGGCUCUCAGGAUGCGUCGCUUAGCAGCUUUCGAGGACAGGUGUAGCUCUGAGAAGCAAGUCAUUCUCAGCAAAGUUUGCGCUGCUUGGCCGUGCGAAGACCUUCCAACGCUCGAUACGCUGCAAACAAGCCACUUCAAUCUCAAGCAAUUGUCGAAGAAACUUUGUCCAGUGUUUCGUAGUUGUUGGGCAAACCAUUGUUUGAAGGAGCACUUAGAUGUCCAGCAAUUGACCCUCAACCGAUUCUACGUUCCCAAUCCUCCUCGGAAACAACCCUCACAAUAUAAUCCUAAUUCGAAUCUUGGGGUUGUUGCUUCACCAACCUCGUCUGUUGAUGCCCUGCACCUUUUUGACAGGAAUCCGCCUGUUAUAAGCACGCUCAGGUCUUCCCAAGUUCUGCCCAAUGCCACUCGAAGAGAUUUGGUGUCUACAGAUUCCGGUGUCACAACGAGGUUGCAACAGCUGAUCGACGACUUUCGCGCACGGGGAAGCAAUCAGUUCCACCAGAACUAUGCUAAUGAUUUAGACCGGAGUAGGUCAACCCUCUCCGAAGAAAAGCUCGUUGCCCCGCCGGAUCCCACAGUGUACACUACUGAAUUACUGCUUGAGCACCAUUCUCUGCAUAGCCAGAGAUUCCGAGAUUCACUCACCACUGUCGUACACGCCCUCUCCCCAGCUUCUGCCGCUGAGAAAGCUUUGUUCAAUGCUGGGCUGUGGCCCCGAGUUACACCAAACUUCCUCCUCGCCUGCAUGGCCUCUGCAUCAGGAAAUCGUUUGAGGAAGGCUUGGCGUACGACUCUCGUCCACCUGUCGCAGAUGCUUUUGCACCUACAACGCUCGCGAAGGCUGCUCGUCUUUGCUGUCAACAAGAAUUGGGUUGAGUUCUUCAAGGAAUUAGAGAACGAAGGAUGCGAGGGGUUUAAUCCCGAGGUGUACCCUGAUUGGCUUUUGAUACAGAUUGAGGGUCAGUUCCUGGCACGGUCUGUCCAAGUGAAGGUUGCGCUGGAGAUGAUGUCGCCAUCCACGGGAGGAAAUACUUCUCUCCAGCUGAACAUGGGCGAAGGCAAAUCCUAUGUCAUUGUUCCCCUCGCAGCAGCCGCACUUUCCGAUGGCCAAAAACUAGUUCGAGUAAUCGUACUAAAGUCGUUAUCUUCUCAAAUGUUCCAGCUCCUGGUUGAACGUCUAAGCGGCCUUGCGCAGAGGCGCAUUUUCUAUAUCCCAUUCUCCCGCACGUCCUCUAUCAACUCAUUGCAGGUGAAAAUGUAUCGUGAUUUGAUGCAAAAAUGCAUGGACACCAAGGGCAUUUUGGUCGUGCAACCGGACCAGAUUCUAUCGUUCCAGUUGAUGGCUGUUGAUCGCCAGCUGUCCCCUCAGAAUGGUGCUGCACAAGACAUGCUGCGGACUCAGCUGUGGCUCGACGAUCACACACGCGACAUCCUGGACGAAAGUGAUGAAAUUCUCCACGUCCGCUACCAGCUGGUGUACACUGUCGGUCUCCAAAAUUCGCUCCAAGGUCAUCCCGAAAGGUGGACGACCACACAACAAGUGCUUAGUCUUGUCGCAAAGCACGCCACUCGGCUUGUGAGCGAAUUCCCCUCUCAUACAGAAGUGUGCACUCGGGAGCAUGGAGGGUUCCCCUUCGUUCGAGUUCUACACCCGGCAGCAGGUGACGCUUUGGUUCAAUGGAUCGCGGAGGAUGUCAUCAUUGGGGCACUUCAAGAUAUCAGCUUCGAUCAGGCAUCUCUCCACGUAAAAGAAGCCGUCCGCCAGUUCAUCACAACUGAGAAGAUAUUCAAAACUUGUAUCGACUUAGUGGAGAAACACUAUAGACACACCACCAUCUGGCCCGGCCUUCUAGUCUUGCGUGGACUGCUGGCAUGUGGAAUCUUGGUUUAUGCCCUCAAAGAACGUCGCUGGCGCGUGGAUUAUGGCCUCCCCCCAAAACGAACUAUGUUAGCCGUUCCGUUCCGCGCUAAAGACAUGCCCUCGCUGCGGGCAGAGUUUGGCCAUCCAGACGUGGCUAUCACCCUCACGUGCCUGUCAUAUUACUAUGCACGUCUCACGCUCCAGCAGCUGAUGUUGUGCUUUGAGCUCCUGCUGAAGCAGGAUAAUCCCGCCCUCGAGUAUGAAUCCUGGGUGGCUGGAAUUCAGUCCAUCCCAGAAAGUUUGCGGCACCUUAGCGGAAUCAAUACAAAAUCUGCGGAGCAACUCCACGACCUUCAGCAACUGUUCGAAUUCAACAAGGCAGUCAUUGAUUUCUACUUGUCUCGAGUAGUUUUCCCCAAGGAAGCGAAGGCAUUCCCGCAUAAGCUCACUUGCUCCGGGUGGGAUCUCGCUCAAAAGAAGAGACAUUUUACAACUGGCUUUUCCGGUACCAACGACAAUCGUUAUCUACUGCCAAGCUCGAUCGUGCAGCAUGACCUUGAUUACCAGCGCAGCACAAAUGCCCGAGUCCUAGCAUUCCUUUUGCGCCCGGAAAAUAACUCCUACACAUGCAUUCCGCCCGGCCAAAAUAUGCUGGAAUUGCGAAAUCAACAAUUGGCUGAAGCAUGGCUUCGAGUCAAGCACGACGCCCAAGCUGCAGUUUUCGUGAAUGACGACGAUGAAAUUGUUGUUGUCAGCCGGGAUGGGACAGUAGAGCCUCUUGUGUCAUCCCCCUUUGCCCAGCAGCUUGACCAAUGCGUGAUAUAUCUGGAUGACGCACACACUAGAGGAACAGAUGUCAAACUGCCUUCCAAUUUCCGAGCUGCUGUCACGCUUGGCCCCAAAGUCACGAAAGACCGUCUAGCGCAAGGAUGCAUGCGAAUGCGGAAGCUGGGCAAUGGACAAUCAGUAAUGUUCUUUGCUCCGACUGAAGUUGACCGGAGCAUUCGUUCGGCGACCCAGAAAGCUUACUUCGACUAUAUCGAUGUGGCAGAUAUCCUGCACUGGGCAAUGCUCGAAACCUGUCUUGACAUUCAGAUGCGUGCAUCGCACUGGGUUCAGCAGGGAUCAGAUUUCAAAAUACGGCAUUUCGCAUGGACUCAAUUCUCACGUGCCCGUACUUCAAUCUUGACCUUGAAGAUAGCCUGGUUGCAGCCAGAGGAGCGUUCAUUGGAGGAUAUGUACGCACCACGCGGAUCUUCACUGGUAUCCCAUGUUUGUCACCCAGACAUUCAAAGGAAGUGCGAGGAGCUCGGAUUUCUGAAUCUAUCGGCCACCGAAAGGAACCUGGAUGAGGAACAAGAAAGGGAGGUAGUCCAUGAGGUCGAGAGAGAACGUCAAGUGGAAAGACCGUCCAGGGUGGAACCUGCAGCCCAGGCCCUGCAUGUGGACGUUCGUCGGUUCGUCAAGACGGGCCGAGUUCCCAAGGGGUCUUCUGCAUUCAUUCCAGCGCUAUCCUGCCUUGUCAACACUACUGCUGCAUUUCACGAGCGUUACCGGUGGGCACCCAACCUUUUAGUCACCCACGACUUCGCUCGCACGGUGGGUCUCUCUGCUGCACAGAAAGCGGAUGAUUAUCUGCGGCCUGUCAAUUGGAUCGUAUCCAGUAACGUUGGAGUGCUGGUAGUCAUGAGCCCGAACGAAGUGGACACACUACUGCCUCAUAUCCGCACAAGCAAUGUAGUUCACUUGUGCGUCUACACUCCUCGCACCACAAAGACGAUGCAGGCGUGUGAUGACCUUCGCCUCUACGGUGUUCCUUCGGUACCGAAGCGGACAUCGUCGGAAUCGCUGAUUUGCCAGCUCAACCUUUUUGCUGGCCAGCUCUAUUUCUCCAGUUACGAGAUGUAUCUCCACACUUGCAGUUUCUUAGGGCUCAACGCACCGGAUCUAGGGGACGAGGAGUUGAUAGCCAACAGCGACGGGUUCAUCAGCGAGGAGAAUCGCCCUUCUGCGAGAGCAUCGUGCUCGUUCAAGCAAUCCCAGCUUCCUCCCCUGAAGGAGUUGUUUGGAAUGAGGAGGAAGGGCAUAGGUUAUCUGCCAACUCACCUCGGAAAGAUGCUCAAUGGCCGCAUUCUGACUGAAGAGGAUUUUAUCGACUGA